CCUUCGAAAUGUGGAGAGUGCUUGCCUGUUUAGUCCUGAUGUCAGCUUUGACCUUCUCCCAGGGUCACCGAGGGGAUUACCCGGGAUUUCUACGUCUAAAAAAUGUUCGGAGCUAUAACCAACGACCCUGUGGCCCCCGAGUUUGUGGCAAAAGCGGGCUUUGCUAUCGCAGUUUUGAAAGCAUCUGUGACCUCAACGAUUAUAAUGUAAAGCGGAUAUUCAGUGGCCAAGAAGAAUUUGAUUUGACAGACCCUAUUUAUUGCCAAGAGCCAUCGUCGCUGCAGCAGCCGAAGCUUAUUGACGUGGGCUACUAUUAUAAUCAUCGAAGCUUGGUGGUAGCACAACCGCACCGCUCGCUUUACCCUCCCCCUUUUCCCAGACCCAGAAUUUCUCAUGAUACAAAAUAUAUAAGAAAUUACGACGCAAUUCCAACAUCAGAUACUUAUGAUACAGUGCCGGAUUACGAUCUUCCGUAUCCGGUAUGGUCUUUAAAGAGGCCUCAAGCUCCGCGGCGAAGGAACCGAGUGAGUUACAAGCCUCAAUACUGGAACUAUCCAACGAGGCGGCCCGAAGAAACCAAGCGGACAUGUUAUGAGACAACAAGAACCACAACAAAAGCUCCUAUAUCAACUAAGGUCCCUACACAUUCAACAACAACCACAACAACAGAGCCAUCUACAACAACGACUGCAACUGAAUCUACAACAUCUACUAGUACACCAUCUACCACAACAACUAGCACUGAAGCUUCUACAACAACAAGCACCGAGAGAACAACGACAACUACUAAGCCGACAACAACCACCAGAAGAUCAACAACCACAGAACCAACGACAACGACUCAGUCAACAACAACUACCGAAACAACCACAGGACCAUCAACGACAACAUCCACAGAACCGUCUACCACGACAACGAAAGAGCCCACAACGACAACAACUAAAGAAUCAUCCACUACAACGACUACGGACCCGUCCACAAGCACAUCCACAGAACCUUCUACAACGACAACAACAAAUCCAACAACAAAUUCAACAACAAAUUCAACAACAAAUUCAACAACAGAUCCAACAACAGAUCCAGCAACAGAUCCAACAACAAAUCCAACAACAGAUCCAACAACAGACCCAACAACAGAUCCAACAACAGACCCAACUACAGAUCCAGCAACGACAACAUCGGAUUCAACAACAUUUACAGAAUCUUCCAGAACAACAACCACUAACGCUUUCACAACAACGACAACCGAUCCUUCCACAACGACGACGAACGAUUUUUCGACAUCGACAACGACAGACCCAGCAUCGACAGCCACUUCAGAAUCUUCGACUACAACGACAAAAGUUCCAUCCACGACGACAACUUUAGCGUCUUCAACGAUGACAACAAAUGAUCCAACAACAACUACAACAGAAACCUCCUCAUCUUCUGCAACAACAACUACAAAAGCCUCCACAACAACGACUACCACAGAUUCUUCUACAACGACAACAACAGAUCCAACAACGGUAUCAACGACAGAUCCCUUCACGACACCAACAACGGAUGCCUCCACAACAUCAACCACCGCCGCAUCUGCUAAACCCUUGACUGUUGAGGUCAGAAAUGAGGUCGAAAGGCUUAUAGAUUUUGAUUUUGAAGCCUUGGCCUUGAACUCGGAUACGGGAGAACCAAACUGCACGGAGGUCACCAAAGUCCUGAUAACCACAGGAUCAAGGAUAGUUUUUCAGUUCUCUGGAUGCAUUGUGGCAAGGACUUCUACCAGUUCCACCAGAACUCCGACCAGCACCACUACAACUCCGAAAAGCACCACGGUAACAACAUCAACUCAGGAAACCCCAUCGUACCAGUGGAAUGGUCAAUCCACGGACUAUGCCCAAUCUCAUGUCAUAUAUACUUACUAUCGUUUUCGAAUCGUUUUCAGUAUGACAGCCAUUCUACUUCCAAUUGGAUUCGCCCUGCUCGCCGCGGUUCAGGCAUGGGAUUACGGGGUUCCUUACUACCCAGCACCGCACUAUUUCGAGCACCAGCAGCCAUACGAUUUCCCGUGUCCGCCGUCGGGUCCCGAGAGUCUGGUUUGUGCCGGUGCUCCCGGUGCCCAGCCAUCAACCUUUCCCAGUCCCUGCGAGGUCCAACGUUUCAGAGCUCUGACAGGCAUAAACUGGGAGAUCAUCCAUGAGAAUAGGUGCGAAACUUUCGAAGUCUGCCCGGAUAACUGCCAGGAUCAGUACAGUCCCGUUUGCGGAAAGUACAAGGAUACCAGGCGAAACUACAGGAGUGAAUGCGAACUGCAGCUGGUCAAGUGCCGCACAGGACAUCCUUGGAGAAAGCAGCACGAUGGCCUUUGCGAAAGUAGGUAUCCAGUCGCCCAAUCACCUCGCGCUCAAAACUACAAUCCCUAUGCGAUCAACCCAUACCAACCGAACUAUGGAUCGUAUGCCUCUUACGGACCAAUUGCACCCCAAGGACCCUACAGAUCCCAAGGACCUUAUGGAUCUCAAGGACCUUACGGAUCUUAUAGAUCGGCUGGACCUUACGGACCAUACGGUCCAUAUGGAUCGCAAUCUCAGCCCCAAGGUUAUCCACAAUCGUCAUUUGUAUCCCCGAAACCCUCCUAUGAGGCUCCAGUUUAUCAGCCAUACGAGAUUUCCUGGGAAAACAUACCCACUGAGUCCGAGUACUCCACAACCUCCAAGCCUUACACAAAUUCAAUCUACGAGGAAGCACCAACCGCUUCUCCCACCGCUACUUCCACUACAACCACUUCCCCCUCAACCACUUCCACCACAACCACUUCCACCACAACAAUUUCUACAACAUCUACAACAGAAGAGGAAGACACCACAGAGGCCCCAAGUGUAACUUCGAACCCCAGGCAGAAUAUAAAGGUGAAUGCUGUGAUCGAAGGACCAGCUAACAAAACCACCCAAAAGCCCUCCACGACGGCUGCACCGACUGAAGCCCCAACUACAGUGGAAACACAGACAGAACUACUCACGGAGACCAGUUCCACAGAGUCCAGUGUCACUGCUCCUCCUUUGAAGAAAUACGCGACGACUGCUCCUCCACAGCAUGCGACAACCACAGCAAAGCCAUUAAAGCCUUCUAUUUCCAUAAACGCCGUAAAGGAUUCUAAACAGAAAGCUGAAGAGACCACUGAGCAGCAAACUAGCACAGAAUCAAGCACACUUAAAGCUAAACCCACCUAUGUAUCGAAACCACCUUAUCAAUCCCUCAAUAUUUAUAAGGCAUCCACAGUCUACAGCACAACUGAAAGUCCCAAGGACGAAGGAACCACACAAGAGACUUUAGAUAAGCUCAUCAAAAUAAAUGCAGUGGAAGUGAGUACCGAGAAGAAACCUGAAGAGACCACUGAGGCUCCGACUACCUCGGCAUCUAGCACUCCAAAAGCGGCUCCGACUUACCCGUCAUAUCCAUCAUAUCCAUCCUCAAGUGUCUAUAAAACUCACCCAGUAUAUGGCACUACUCAAGCUCCUGAGGAUAAAGACACCACUCAAGAGUCUUUAGAUAAGGUUUUCAAAAUAAAUGCAGUUGAAGUAAGUACUGAGAAGAAACCCGAAGAGACCACUGAGGCGAAGACUACCUCAGAAUCUAGCACUCCGAAAGCGGCUCCGACUUACCCGUCAUAUCCAUCAUAUCCAUCCUCAAGUGUCUACAAAACUUACACAGUAUAUGGCACUACUCAAGCUCCUGAGGAUAAAGACACCACUCAAGAGUCUUUAGAUAAGGUUUUCAAAAUAAAUGCAGUUGAAGUAAGUACUGAGAAGAAACCCGAAGAGACCACUGAGGCGAAGACUACCUCAGAAUCUAGCACUCCGAAAGCGGCUCCGACUUACCCGUCAUAUCCAUCAUAUCCAUCCUCAAGUGUCUACAAAACUUACACAGUAUAUGGCACUACUCAAGCUCCUGAGGAUAAAGACACCACUCAAGAGUCUUUAGAUAAGGUUUUCAAAAUAAAUGCAGUUGAAGUAAGUACUGAGAAGAAACCCGAAGAGACCACUGAGGCGAAGACUACCUCAGAAUCUAGCACUCCGAAAGCGGCUCCGACAUACCCAUCAUAUCCAGCAUAUUCACCCUCAAGUGUCUAUAAAACAUAUUCAGUCUAUGGUUCUACUGAAGCUUUUAAUGAAGACACCACUCAAGAGUCCUUAGAUAAGGUUUUCAAAAUAAAUGCAGUGGAAGUUAGUACUGAGAAGAAACCCGAAGAGACCACUGAGGCGAAGACUACCUCGAAAUCUAGCACUCCGAAAGCGGCUCCGACUUACCCAUCAUAUCCAACAUAUCCAUCCUCAAGUAUCUAUAAAACUAACCCAGUCUACGGCACUACGAAAGCUCCUAAGGAUGAAGACACCACUCAAGAGCCUUUAGAUAAGGUUUUCAAAAUAAAUGCAGUGGAAGUAAGUACUGAGAAGAAACCCGAAGAGACCACUGAGGCGAAGACUAGCUCGAAAUCUAGCACUCCGAAAGCGGCUCCGACUUACCCAUCAUAUCCAACAUAUCCAUCCUCAAGUAUUUAUAAAACUAACCCAGUCUACGGCCCUACGGAAGCUCCUAAGGAUGAAGACACCACUCAAGAGCCUUUAGAUAAGGUUUUCAAAAUAAAUGCAGUGGAAGUUAGUACUGAGAAGAAACCCGAAGAGACCACUGAGGCGAAGACUACCUCGGAAUCUAGCACUCCCAAAGCGGCACCGACAUACCCAUCAUAUCCAACUUAUCCAUCCUCAAGUGUCUAUGAGACUUAUCCAGUCUAUGGGUCUACUGAAACUCCGAGGAAUGAAGAAUCAGAGGAUGAUAAAACUACUGAAAGGUCUUUGGACAAAGCCAUAAAGAUUAACGCUGUCUUGGACUCCCAUAACAAAACAUCGCCAGAGCCCAGUCAAAACUCAACCUCUGCACCGACUGUUUCCGGGAAUACCACCUCUGCUAUAUUCCCAGAAGUGGAACAGGGACUUACAAAGGAUACUCAGAAUGUGGCCAAUAGCACGGAGACUGAGUUAGGAGAAAUCCCGGAAAUCGUGAGGACAGAAAGUGUCAGUAAGAACGGUACGGUGGUAAAUUUGGAGGUGACCUGCAAACGAGAGUCCAAAAAGCUAAGACUGGAUACAUCUAGUUCCGACAAUCGUAGCAAUCUAUAUUUCAUAUUCUUGGGCUGCUAAAAUAAUUGUAUCCAAUAAUUCAAUAAUUGUAUAAUCCAUUAUCCAUUGCUGUUUAUGUUAAUAGUGUAAAUUUUAUAAAAGUUAUUAAAUAUCGUUGC